CAGAAGGCUAAACAUCCCACCAUCAAGCAAGCAAAGCAGGGACCACUUUCACCAAUCUUGAUCACUCUUACCAGAAUUUGCCAUGUGUCAUGAAUUUAUCAGUGACACCAUACAAGCCUCCUGUCAACAACCCAUGAUCGGCCACGUGUCUAAAUCUGAUCAGAGAAUUACAAGACCGCCCUUUAUCCCUUGUCACCUAUGUCAUGUUAGCAGUUAUUUCAUCUCUCUCUUCUUAAUUUUUUCUCACUUUCUCUAGAUGCAAACACCCCAUUAUAAGCUCUGAAUUUUCAGUUCUCUCUCUGUCUCUCUCUUUGUCUGUGUUCUCUUCACUUGUGGAGGGAAACGUGGAAACCUCUUCAAUUUCUCAGUAAACAAGUAGGGGAAGGCCAUGUGAGCUGUUUGAAGUACUGGAGUGAGAUUGUUGCUUUUGCAGUUUUGAUUAGCUUUGUGGUUUUAUUGGUGUGCGCACAGAAUGGGCAAAUGCAAGGGUUGUGGAAAAUUAGGAAGAAUGGUGCCAAGGGAUGAGUCUGUGGAUGCUUAUCAUUUCUCUCUCUUAUUGUCUCCUGUUGUUUCUGUUUGGGAUUGUAUUGUCCGGAAGAUGAGGUACUCCUUCAGACCUGAGUGGGUGUAGUUCUUGAACUUUUGAGAUUACGUUAGUUUUCUAUGCUGAAAUUUGGUAGUAUUGUUUAGUAGCAAACAAAGAGUGAAAAAAGAACAGAUAAAGAACGAAAGAAAGUUAUAGGGAAAAUGUACACAUUUUAGAAGAGUUCUUUGUAAGCUAAUAAGUUGAAAAGAGGGACAAUAUUUGUAGUUCAGUAGUUAUCAUGGAUAGCAUAGCAUGUAAUAAAGUGCAACCUGUUGCGAGGAAAGUGAAGAAGAAGCAGGUGAAAGGCGAGAUGGAUCGUCUCAGGCAAGCUGAGAAGAAAAAGAGGCGUUUGGAGAAAGCUCUAGCUACUUCAGCAGCAAUCCGAUCUGAGCUAGAGAAAAAAAAACAAAAAAAGAAGGAAGAACAGCAAAGACUUGAUGAAGAGGGUGCUGCAAUUGCAGAGGCUGUUGCUCUGCAUGUCUUACUUGGCGAGGACUCUGAUGAUUCAUGUAAUAUUGUGCUAAACAAAGAAGAAGGUUUCAACACUUGGGGUUGUGCUGGUAAUAUUGAUGUUUUCAUGGGUGAAAAGAGACCAUCGCUUCCUCACGAGGACUGCUCGGGGAAUUCAUUUGAAAGAAUAGGGUGGCUCUCUAGUACUUAUGGAACUGGAUGCAAGUGGGGGGAUAGGGAAAAUAAUGACUGGCCCUUUUCAUACGAGUCUCUUCAAAAGAGUUUGCCAGUACAAUACUUUGACGAUGGCAGUUGGGGCACUACUGAGUUCUCAGAUGAACUUAUCGCAGCACAAGCUGCUUCAUCGCUCCAGAUUGCAGAGGAUGCGGAUGGCGACACAUUCCUGUUCAACGGAAUGCUAAGAGGGUAGACUAGCAAUUCUCUGCCGCCUUUCAAAACUGAGUUCUUAAACAGUGUUUUUGUAUAUAUUCAUGAAUGUCUUAAAGUCAUUUAUCAGAUUUGUGUGUUGCUGCUUCUGGUUUGAACAAAUGUCGCACUUAUUAUCUGUGUUUUUCAUGUCAUUUGCUCGAGAAGCAUGUUUUGUUUUUUGUGACUCAAAUAUCAUUUUACUGGUAUUUUUGUUUUCCU